UGUGAUUAUCUGUAUUUGAAAUGCCAUGAAUUUAUUUUAUGAAUGUGAAAUCAGGGGUUAACCCUAUUUGUGAAAAUCCCGGAUUGUGUGUGACUAGGAUUACCGGCACCUGGUCAGGAGCACCCGGGGAUUUGGAAUCUCUACUAUUGCGGGACAACAGGAAAGGGUAAGGCAUUAGCUGAUCAGCCAUGAGUUUCAGGAGCAGGGCGAAGAAUGUACAUGUUCAUGCCACUUCAGACCAAGCGGGUUAUGGGUCUAACAGUGUUGACUUUUGUAUUCUGUUUUGCCGCUUAGGUCGGCUAGUAAGAAAGAACUUGUAAUAAGUUUGUAAAUAUUUUUGGGAUCCCAACUAUUUUGAAAAGUUUUAAAUAUAUUACAAGUUUAUUUUCAGUCUGUUUAAUAUAAAAGUUUAAAUUCUGCGCUAUUUUAAUUAGUAAUCCCGGUUAGGGGAUUAGGGCUUUAUAAGUAUUUUGGGUAGCGUGCCUAAUUAUUUAGGGCGUUACAAUUUGGUAUCAGAGCGCCAAGGUUUUUAAACUUCCUGUAGACCGGCCGAACAUGUACAUUCGUCGUCAGAGAUAGGCUCGACUCAUGGUGCAGUAAGUAUUGAGAGUAAAUACUUGACUGUAUGUGUGAUCAUCUGUUUACCGCUUUCCAUUUUAGGCAGUAUGCAAGCAUCUAGAGUAUGUAUGUGUUAUGUGAUGCCAUGCUAUAAAUGCUAUUUGUUUAUGUAAAUAUGUAUGAGGUAAAUAGAUGAGUUAGGGUUUAAGGCAAUAAGUGCGUAAGUGUGGUAUUGGUGCUUAACUCGCUGGGGUUGUUGAUUACAGGGGUACUAGUAAUGGACCCUCCGCAAUCAUCUAGACCACAGGGCGAGCAAGUAGAGCCCGGGGUUACCCAAACCGAUCCACCAGCACUGCCUCCACCUCCGCAAAAUCCGGGGGAUAAUGCGGGGGUCGUUAAUGCUAAUCCUCCUGCUGACUGGCAGCAGAUGUUUCAUGAAAUGCGAAGUGUCAUACUUCGUCAAGAGGAAGAGUUGCAACGUUUAAGGCAACAGGCUGCCCCAGUGAAUCAAGGGUUACCACCAGCUCCUGUGCCAGUGGUGGGUAACCAAGGGUAUAUUAUGCCGCACCGGGACUCUGUGUUCGAGCGGUUUGUGAAGCUGCAACCUCCGGCUUUUCUGGGAGGCAUUGAUAUUAUUAAGGCCGAUCAAUGGAUGAGCACUGUUACCCGUAUCCUCGAUAAUAUGGGGGUGACGGGAACUGAGAGGGUAAAUUGUGCGGCCUUUAUGUUUCAAGAUCAUGCCCGCGUCUGGUGGGACAUAGUGAAUCAAACUCGGGAUGUCAGUGUGAUGACAUGGGAUGAGUUUAAGAAACUUUUUGAGGAAAAGUUCUAUAAUGUGGCUGUACGGACUUCACACCAGGAAGACUUUGUGAAGUUGACUCAAGGGAAGAUGUCGGUAGCUGAAUAUACUCUAGAAUUUGACCGGUUAUCUAAAUUUGCUGGUGAUUUGAGACUGUCCCCAAGCCAAGAGAGAAGAGCCUAA